UGACAUCGUUCACUGACUCGUCUGUCUGAAGAGAACUCAACAGCAACGUCUGACAGCUUCUCCAACAAAGGAGAUGGCCGCCCGGAGCCGGAUCACGGUUCUGCUGCUGCUCUUCCUCCUGUCGACUGAACACAGUUUUGCUGUGGACCAGAACAAACUGGCCUCGCUGGUAAACGAACUCUUGAGCAACUACCGUUUUAAUGGUAUGUUCAGUCUGGCCGUGAGUAUCCCGCAGGACCAGAACCAGGACCAGAACCAGAACCAGGACCAGAACCAGAACCAGGACGCUGACCGAAUCAUCCAGGAAGUCCUCAAUAGUGACCCUGCUAGAAACGUGAAGAACAUUCUCAAAGAUAAGAAAGUGUACGUUGGCAGCAGGAUGGUUGCAGCCGAGGUUCCGAAUGGUGGUGCUAUUCAUGCAGAGUUACGCGUUUUGGACAAAUUGGGCAAGUUGUACAACAGUCCUCAAUUCAAUAAGGAGGAUUUGUUGCUUUUCUAUGUUUAUGCCUCUCCAUGUGUAGACUGUACAAAUGAAGCUCACUCGAACAACAUCCUUGUAGGGUUAAACCAAAUUCGGCUUUGGAAUAAUUACGCAGUUGUGUUUUCUAAAAUAUUCAAGCCCAGAAAUGGUCCGGAGAACACACACAAAGAGCGCAUUGAUGCCCUUAAGCGACUUGCAACGUACACGUUUAAAGGAGGUAAAAUUGGUCUAGAAAACAUCUUCCGCUGUGAAGAUGUGCGUCAGCUGCUCAAGUAGUAACGGUCAUGUGGCACAGGAAUGUGUGUACGAUCCGCCCUCUGCUUCCACAAACAUUUGUCCUCAGCCAGGUAGAGGUGGCUCCUCCUCACAGGGGGUGCUCAGGGUGAAUCUGAUUGGCGCAUCGCUACUCGACGACAGGACAGAGUAAGAAGGGACAUCAGCUCAAACACAGGUGACAGCUCUUCUCAAGAUAUCUCUGAGAGCAACAAGGGAGCUGAGGACGCCCCCUCAGUUGAUGGGAAUGGAAGUGAUGUUGCGACUGGUGAAGCUGCGUCAUCCACCACAGGUGAAAGUGUCUCUCUGUCACCAACGGGUUCUGAUGAUGGCAACGGAAGUGAUUUAAGGACGGCAGAGGACGUAUCGUCCCCACAAAUCGGCUUUGAUUCUGGAGAUGGAAAAGUGAGCAGAGGCAAAGGAAAAGUGAGCAAGGGCAAAGGAGGUAAAGGGAGAAGAGGGAAAGGGAGGAAAGGAAAAGGGAGAGA